UGCACACUGUGUAGUGUUGAUCAGAGGCGGAGUUUCACCUCAGCACCGAAACCAGCAGAAAAAAAAUUCAGGUGUCCGCAGUUCAGUCACUCAGUCAGUAACUCAUACCAGUAACGCACACGGGACUACUGCGGGGACCAGAACACGGGAUUUUAACUCCCAGCAGGAGUCAAGUGGGAAUUUCGGAUUCUCUGGAAACUGCUUCACUUGGACACUGAGAGGAAUAUCAAGUCACUUAUUGUUCGUGUGAGUGAAUCCUAUUUUUCUAAGGCUGAACUCCUCUAAGAGCAGCGUCUGAAACAUGGACGACCCUUUAAAGGUUGACUGAUUCCAGCUGACACCUUCAUAACUAUGCUGCGAGUCACUAGAGGCCUGAUGGCCACAGUACCCGCCAACAGCCCUCCCAAUUCCCCAGCACAAUUCAGGGAAUGAUCAAACCAUCCUGUCUAGGAUAUACGCAUCAAGAGACCUCUUACAUACAGCAGGACGACAGACACCCCAAAUCCAAUGGCAUGGGUCAAGUUCUUCAGGAGGCCGGGUGGCAAUCUUGGCAGGUCUUACCAGCCGGGAUCUAUGCUGUCCUUGGCUCCUACCAAAGGACUGCUAAAUGAACCAGGACAGAACAGCUGCUUCCUCAACAGUGCAGUGCAGGUGCUUUGGCAGCUGGAUAUCUUCCGGCGGAGUCUUCGUCAGCUUCCGAACCACCACUGCUUGGGGGACUCCUGCAUCUUCUGCGCUUUGAAGGGAAUAUUCUCUCAGUUCCAGCACAGCCGAGAGCGAGCGUUACCCUCAGAUAACCUGCGCAACGCCCUGGCAGAAAACUUCAAGGAUGAACAGCGCUUUCAGCUGGGCUUCAUGGACGACGCUGCUGAGUGCUUUGAGAACAUUCUAGAAAGGAUUCACCUGCACAUUGCGCCUGAUGCUGAAACUGACGCCUGCACGUCCAAGUCCUGCAUUACUCAUCAGAAGUUUGCUAUGACACAAUAUGAACAGUCAGUGUGCAGGAGCUGUGGUGCGUCGUCUGAUCCGCUUCCCUUCACUGAGCUGGUGCACUAUGUGUCCACCACUGCCCUCUGCCAACAGGUGUUAGACAGGAGAGAUGAACGCUUGCGUCCAGAGACCUUUGGGGAGCUGCUUCAAGCCGCCAGCACCAUUGGAGAUCUGCGCAACUGUCCGAGUAACUGUGGUCAGAGAAUCAAGAUCCGGCGUGUGCUGAUGAACUCUCCAGAAAUCGUGACCAUUGGGUUUGUGUGGGACUCGGAGCAGUCCGACCUCACUGAAGAAGUCAUCCGAUCUCUCGGACCACACCUCAACCUCUCAGGGGUGGGAUCCAAGUGGAAAGAUGUGGUCACGAAAUGCAUCCGUGGCCACUUUCAGCCCCUGCUGCUGUUUUACUCCAACCCUGACGGCAGUGCUGUGGUCACAGACGAGACGCAGCGCAGAAACAACAACGACUCCCAGAACAAGAGCACCGUCAGUGGAGAAACACCAGGUACUCCUACACUGGGUGGAAAAAAGUUUGAAUUGACUCAAGAGAAUUUGACUGCCUUUAUCGCAAACCAUGGUACUCUUAAGCCGAAAUCUCAGCCUCCGUCUGUGUUCAGUCGAACCAGCAACCAGACCAGCGGCGGCAGGGGUCCAGUGAAGAUGAACUUUGAUCCAAAGAGUCGAAUCAGAGACAUUUUGAGGGAGCUGCCGAAAGAAGGACGUCCCUUGAACUUUAUGAAGAAGGAUUCGGAUCGGUCACAGAUAAGAACAGAAGCAAUGAGAAACCGAGACUCCUCGUCGUCUGAGAAACCUCACUCGCGCUCACUGUCUCCUCCGGAGAACGGCUUCAGGCACAUGGAGUCUCGCUUUUACAGCAGUCAAGGCAGAGGCCCGACCAAAACUGACCGCUGGCCAACCACCAACAACUACACCCCUCACUCCCAGCCUCAGCCCCGAGUUCCACUUCAUCCACCAGCAGAUCAUCGCUCUCGCAGAACAGACGUGGCUAACGGAUACGACACCGACAGCAGUCAGGACUCUCGGACUUACGGUACUCGGAGUCGCGGUAAUCGGCAAUGGAGGCCUAUGAGAGAGGCUCUCAAUGUAGACAGCGUUAUAAACAGUGACAAUACUCAAAACUACCAGAACACUCGCAGACAGAUCAAUAAUUAUGAGAGCGAGGACUUGGGAUGGGGUCGUCGUGAAGAGCGCAAACCCAAGAGUUUAAUGACUAUAUAUGAGGACGAGCAACGGCAGGAUAUGGGCAGCCGGAGCUCACUGGAUUCAGAGCAGGACCGGGUUAAAAUGAACGCCAACAGCCUCAGUAUUCGGCCGGAUAACUGGAAGAUCCAGCGCACCGAGUCUGGAUACGAAAGCAGCGACCGGCUCAGCAGUAGCUCAGCCAAUCUGGACUCUCCUGUGGUCGAGAACUCCAUUCCUGAAACAAACUUUUCCAGGGAUCUGAACCAAAGGAGGUAUGAGGAUUCAAAGGCCGACAUCUCAACAUCAUCCAAUGUCUACGGUGACCAUCAGAGGAAAGCAUAUGAUUAUCCAGUGAGUCCUGUUAUUCAAAGAGGUCAGGUGUCGAGAUGUAAAGAAAUGUUGAACGGCAGCUCCGUCUCUCCACCCUUCAUCAAAACCAGCAACUCAAACUGGAUCACUUCAGAUAAUCUGGAGGAUUCCCGAAAACAUGCGGGUUUGCCAUCGCUUCCCUGUCCAAACCCAGAGCCUCCGCUUCAUCCUAAACCACACGCAGACUUCGGCUCAACCACUCUCAAGUGGAAGGAAAACUCCUCUGAUUCCCCUCCGCUUCCUCCCAAACCACAAGCAGACCCCGGCUCCUUCACUGGAAAACCCUCUAUGUGGCUGGAAAACUCGUCUGAUUCCCGGAUGAUCCCGUCGGACAGCAGCUCCAGAUCUGGUUCUUCUGAUCAGGAUGCUGAAGAGCGGAUCUCCAGAGCGGCUUCUGGAUCUCCGGUGAUUCCAACGACGUAUUUCUCGGUUGAUGCCUGCAUGACGGACACGUACCGCGCUAAAUAUCACAAGAGGAGAGCACCGCUGUACAUGACUGCUGACUCUAGAGAGCAAACCUCAUCUGGAGAGAGCGACUAUGGGGAACAAGUGUCUCCCGCUCCUGCAGAAACACACAGCAGAGCUACAGUUCAGGCGUCCAGUAAAAGCGCUGCAAAGUGGAACCCGGUGUCAGUGAAAGGACUGGAUGAACACGGCUUCCUCUGAUCACACAUCUACAUUCACUGAGAGAGAGAGAGAGUGUGUGUGUGUGUACUAUGUUUGGUGGAUUAUGAGGACAUAAAUGUUCAAAAGUGUAAUCCAACGCUGUUAAUAAUCAUAAUCAAUGGGCUCUUUUCACGUUCAGCACAUCAGAUCGGGGUACAGAGGUCUAAUAAGCAUUGUGUAUAGUGUAACACACAUUAAGAAUAUGAAGAGUCCUCAUAAACCACCAAAUCACAUGUACGAGCUUGCGCAUGUGUGUGCGCAUUUGUAAGCGUUUGCAAGGGAGUGUGUUUGAGUGUGCAUGUGAGAGUACAUUGGUGUGUAUGUGUGCAAGUAUGUGUGUGUGUGUAUGUGUGAGUAUGCAUGUGCCUAUGCUUGUAUGCGUACGUGUGAAAGCUCAUGUGUGUAAAUGUGUGUCUGUGAGCAUGUAUGUGCGCGCUUGCAUGUGCGAGCAAGUGUGUUUGAGCGAGCGAGUGUGUGUGUGUGUGUGUGUGUGUGUGUGUGUGUGUGUGUGUGUGUGUGUGUGUGCUUGCGUGUGUGCAUGUGCGUUCAUGUGAGAGCGGGUGUGAGCCCAUGUGCGAGUGUGCAUGUGUCCAAGCAUGCGUGUGUGUGUGUACCUCUGUGUGUUUGCAUGCAUGUAUGCGUGUGUGUGCUUGUAUGCAUGUGUGAGCGUGUGCAAGCGUGUAUGCGUGCGUGCGUGCGUGCGUGUGUGUGUGUGUGCAUGUGCUUGCAUGUGUGCGUGUGUGUGUGAGAGCUUGUGCGCGUGUGUGUGUGUGUGUGUGUGUGUAUAUAAGUGUGUGUGUGUAAGUGUGUAUGUGCCUGUGUGUGUGCGCGCACAUGUGCGUGUAAGAGAGCAAGUGUAUUUGAGCAGGCAUGCGAGCACACAGGUGUAUAUGCAUGCACGUACAGUGUAUGUGUAUCCCUGUGUGUGCGUGCUCACAUGUGCUUGCAUGUGUGUGAGUGUGCGCUAGUGUGUGUAAGUGUGAGAGCGUGCAUGUGUACCUGCGUGUAUGUAAGCAUGUGUGUGUACCUGCAUUUGCAUGUGUGCGAGUGUAAUUUGAGCGUGUGUGUGUGUGAGUGUGCGCGUGUAUGCAUGCACAUAUUUGUGUGUGUGUGUGUGUGUGUGUGUGUGUGUGUGUGUGUGUGUGUGUGUGUGUGU